GGGUCAGUCUGGAGGCUUGCAGUGACUCAGACACAGCCAAUUCCUCCCCUAAUAGCACUGAAUCACGAUUCCAGCGGCCAGUGGUCGCCCCUCGUCAAGGUCUAAGGCUGCGGCAGCCCCGGCUCCCGGAGGCCGUUUCCGCGCGCACACGCGCAUCCAUACGUACAGACGUGCUCGGGAUGCGGGUCCCGCCGGCGGGCACCUGGGCACUGCGCCCCAUUUGGACUGAAAUGGGGACACCCCUUCGGGGGUCCCAGGCUCCUGGCCAUAUUGUUCUCCUUCCCCUCGUGAUAACUCCGCAGUGGAGGUGGAUUCCGUCCAAGACGCCCAACGUGGCGCGUAGCAGUCAGCGCUGCAAUCCUGGCGGUUACCUCCGCGGCGGCGUCUCCCUUUGCGCCUCACACUCGCAGCCCGCGGCCCUCCCCAACUUAGGGCGUUUACAAAAGAAACUACUCCAGACGCGCUGCAAAGGGAGGCGCUUGUGCCCGAAUGCUGGAGAUCCCUCGGGGCCAUUCUGCCUGUGUGAUGUUUGGGGGGGGGUGUCGGGGUCGGGGGGCGGGGAGUCAGGCAGAAAGACAGGGAGAACCUCUGCGAUGAAGGAUCCGCGAGUCCUCAAAUGUAAGCUCCGUGUGACUGACGAUCUGCACUGA